AUGACAGACCAAACUAUGGACUCCUCUCCAUCUGCACUCCCCCAGCUCUCGUCCUACUUGCAGCCGACCCCCACUGGUACCGUCGCCAGCCCCGGCACCAACAUUGAAAUCGCCAUUUCGGCGUUGACUCGCCAUUUUGAAAGCCAGCUGCACAAGCGAAAGCAGUCCUCGCCAUCGGUAGACACAAUGACGAAUGCGUUCCCAAGGCCAGAUGAUCAAUUCUACCAAGAGCGACGCGUGACAGAUGGACAUUUGCUUUCCUCGCUGCUGUCUUCUCAAGUUGGUGUAGCACCCAGCAGGGAGACACGGUCGUAUUUUGACGGUGAGUUGUCUCCAACUACUCCGCGUCGAGAACGAACGUCGAGAUACCUGUACGAGGGCGACCGCAAGGAGAUCAUUGCGCGCAUCGACGCCGGUGUAACGGAGUACAUGUGA